AUGCCCGACAGUCCUUCUGGUUUUCAUGGUGAUGACGGCAGCCUGCCGCCCUCCUAUCAAGCAGCAAAUCCUGAGCGGGAGCUCCUUCCGCAUAUCUUGAGUACAAACCCAUUUUUCUUGUACUAUCCAAACGCAUAUCAUUUUGCUUUGGAAAAGUGCGUGCAGAGCGAAAAACCCCUUCAAAAGGUGCAAAGAAAGCCUCUCUCGUUUGAGCCGUAUACGCUCAGGAAUGGUCUCAAGAGCCACUACUUCACAGAGUUUGCGCACGAACAUAUCAAGAUCAGCCGGCAAGAGGCUUGUAAAGCAUGGCUGGCGUGUAUGGACAUGGUUCAUAUCCUCGAGUGGUUGAGUAAAGCGCCGCCCAAACUGGUAGCACAGAAGGCUCGGGCGAUUGACACAGAGGUCCCAAGUUGGGGUACUUUCUUCAAUGCUCCGACUAACGACUUCUCGAAGAAGUGGUGGAGGUUGCUCUUCCAAGAAUGGAGAAAUUGUACCGAAGGUGCUCGGGAACUUUCCAAGGUCCUUCAUGCUUUGUACUCAUGGGAAGAGAAAGGCUACAUGCCAGCUACUUGGGAGCAGCAUGCUCCAAACCUCAAUCUUUUCACGUCGUCCGACAGGACCAGUACUGCCCAUUUCUUCAGCUUGCUUGCAAAUGGGUUUGAAACUACACAGGCAUUGCGCCAGGCCGGUCAUCCAACCUCUGAAUCCCAUAUCGGAUAUGGCUGGAUCCUGCUGGUGAAACAUGUCACCAGAGACUCGCCGUUGUUCGCAGAGUGGCAUCAAUUGUUCGAGGACUGUACAAAGGAACUAAAUGGACAUGAGGCCAAACAUGACUUGCCUUCAAACCAGCUAGAGCUGGUCUAUGUGGAUUGAUAUGAAGGUUUCGUUGGUACGCGCGGGGAACACUCAGCCAUCACAUUUCAUCUCUCGCAGUGACUUUCUUUUAGAGCAGUAUCUCUUCUAUAUCAAUCCUCCAUCGAGUCUGAGAAAGGGGGGCACGUGGACGGGCCGGAUUUUCGUCCCCAACUGUCCAUUGGGGGCGUUUGGCGGAUUUGGACCGGAA